UCGUCCGCGAGCGUGUGACUAAAGAACAAUCGUACGUAAAUUAAAAUAAUUUUCUUUUAUGAGCUACUGGCGCUAAGGUUAAUGAAGCGUAUUGCAAAGUAAAUGAAAAACGUUCGUAUUUCGAGAGUCGUAGCCACAUGUUAGUCGCUUUUGCAUCCAAUCCAAGUCGCUUAGGAUGACCGCGGUGUAAAAAACAGCUGAUCGUCUCUGCGAGGCGCGUUUUGCGUUCUAUGGCAUAUAAAGCUGCGAGAAGAAUGUGAUCGCGACUACUGGGGAGUAUUUUCGUCACUGAAGGAUAUGGCAAGCUGCGAAGAAGAAGGAAAUCGUGAAAUUCUAGCCGUAAGGCAACGAAAAAAAAAGAAUAUGUGCGAGCAUAGGAAGCCUGUACAUCUGUCGUGUAAUAUAUGGAGGACGGGGGGAGGACGGCUCGGAGGCGUCGAGGGCCGGGUCCUCGCGAUUCUGGACGUUACGGCGCCCGACUCCCAGCCGGUCCGGCUUUUUACCGGUGAUGAGGACAACCCACCAAGUCCCGUGCAGGCAGCCGCUGCUGUCGCCGUCGCGAUGCAGCCUGCUCCAAUGCCACAGUCUUCCCCGGCAUCGCGGCCUGCCCCAACCGUGCGGCCUGCCCCUACCCUGCGGCCUGCCCCAACCCUGCAGCCUGCAACGCCACAGCUUACCCCAACAGCCCAUGUCUCUGUGGGGAUCCAGCAGGGCACCAGCGGCACUGCACGGCGUCAUCAUCAUGGUUCCCCCCCUCCAGAGGUGGUUGGUCGGCUCUCCAACGAGUGUGAGAGGCAGCUGCGGGUGUUGGAGGAGACGCAGGCAGACGCACGAGAACACCAUCGCGAGCUCAUGGAGGAGGUGAGGGGCUUGCGUUCGGCUCACGAGCGCAUUGCAAGAGCCCUUGAACUCCUCGUGGCCGCCCUUGUGCCUGGCCAUGCCACGCCCACAGCGCCACCACAGCCGCCGCCACCUUCGCCUUAACCUUGUCUUUUUUAUUUCUUGUUGCACCAAGUUUUGUGCUUUCUUCUUUUUGUUAUUGCACCAGGUUGUGUGCUUUUUUUUCUUUUUGUUAUUGCACCAGGUUGUGUGCUUUUUUUUUCUUUUUUAUUGCACCAUGUUGUGUGCUUUUUUUUAUUGCACCAGGUUUAGUGUACUUUUAUUUCAGUGUGCCAGGUUAAGUGUGUCCUUUUUUGAGUGCCUAUUUCUGUUUAAAGUGACACUGAAGUACUAGUUAGUGCACACGUCUUCACAGGUUGCUUUGACAUGUGCCGGUCAACUUUCUGAAAUGACAUGCACGCCAUUUAUGACUGAAGCAGUGAAAAAUGGUAGUACCAUUGCGUCACUAGGAGCAGGAAUGGAUACGAUACGAGUGCUUUGACAUGUUGCACUAAGGGAUGACCUACUUGUUUAGAACUAGCAGGAGCUUUCGCAUUCUCUUUGCUGAACCUAUGCAACUAUACAAAGGGAGAAAAAUGUGUGUUGGCACCACUUGUGCAUGUGCUAUUGUCACAACAAGGUCAUUUUCUAGUGACACAUGUAAUGUUACUUUUUUUCCACUGUGUAUGCACCAAUUUGCUCUAUCCAUGCCACUGCGAUAUGUCCUUUAUGUUGCAGUGCAUGCAAAAUAAGUUUUUCAAAUUUAGCAACAUUUCACAAGUUCGUUUGAUGCACGAUCAAUGUUUUUAAUUUCUCCUGUUUUCUGUGAUAUUUUGUUGUGCAAUGCCCAAGGGGAACUUGUGCAAGCGUUUUACUUCAAUUUUUACACUUUCAGUGUUUAGUUUAUAAUUUGUUUAUUUUUAACAAUUUUAGUAUACAGCGUACCUCCAGGCGGGUGUGCUACAAAGCAUUUUUCGACAGACAGCUAGUGCCUGUUGCUUGUGAUAUUCAACGACCAUUUCUACCAGAGUGGGUAUCCAUACCAUUUAUAUUAAUGCUUCGUAGUCUUGUAAUUAUUGUUGACUUUUGAAGUAUUAGUCAGCUAUGGAAAUAGCCUUGUAUGGGUACUGGUGCCUGUUGCUUGUGGUACAAUUGUUGGUAUUUCAACCAGUGAUAGUAAUACAAUCUAGUCAUCGUUAUUGUUGACAUUUCUUACACAUAUUACUCAACCAUACGUGUGGCCUUUUACAGGUGCAUGUUUCUUGCCAUAUGGAAUGUUUAUUCAUACAAAUGUGGAUAUUCCAAGUAACGAUACCAGUAUGUCCUAGUCAUCGUUACUGUUGAUAUCAGUUUCUGAUAUCCAUAGCUUGCCCAUGUAGUGAGCAGACAUGGACAGCUGUAGUGCCAGCAUUGUUUAGCGACAACCUAUUAUUUAAGGGAACAUGAUUACUAUUUAAGGGAACAGUGUACUGGCAGAAAACUCGAUCACAGUUGUUUUUAUCAUUAAUGUAAAAGUACGAUUUCGUUUUGUCUUGCUGUUACAAGUAAUACUUUUCUUAUCAGUACUCAUUAACAUCACCUUGUUAUUGGUGGUGUCUUCUUUGCAAUAUGCAUGAAAGGCGUAAAUUAUUGCAAAUAUAUCAUUGUAAUCUGUCACUAUUUCAUGUUGUGUAGUAAUAUUGGACAUAUUGGAGAACAACGUUGAUGUAUGCAAAAUUUCAACUUCUCUCCGAGGUGUUUGCACAUUGUGCAAGGUUAAGGUCGCUACUGCACAGUCCCACAACAGGGCUUCGAAACCAUUUGGCGAUUUGGGCGUUACAGUUGCCGCAGUUGAGCUGCUAAUAUAUCUGCACUUCCUUGUUUAUUGAUUACCCCGCGUUCAAUGUUACUGUGCUUGCUUUAGCACGAUGUUGUUAAUAAACAUGACACUGAACUUC